AUGCCGUAUAAUAUUGCUAUGGUCAGCGACUUCUUCUUCCCACAACCAGGAGGAGUCGAAAGUCACAUCUACCAACUCUCUACUAAGCUCAUCGACCGCGGACACAAAGUUAUAAUAAUUACACACGCCUAUGAGGACAGAACUGGUGUCAGAUAUCUUACAAAUGGCCUCAAAGUUUAUCAUGUUCCAUUUUUUGUUAUGUUUCGCUCCUGUACCUUUCCCACGGUCUUCUCAUUCUUCCCAAUCUUCCGCAAUAUCGUUAUACGGGAACAAAUUGAAAUUGUUCAUGGCCAUGCAAGCAUGAGUAGCAUGUGCCAUGAAGCUAUAUUACAUGCGAGGACGAUGGGACUGAGGACUGUGUUUACAGAUCAUUCACUGUUUGGCAAAGAAAACACGGUUUUACGCGCUUCUCUUGACCCCCUCAUGGUCUCUGUUAUUCCAAAUGCAGUCGUGGCGGAGAAUUUUCGACCUCUAUCACAUCCUUCAUAUCCGUCCGAUCCUCCAGGAAAGCACCCCCCUCCUGCUCCAUAUCCACUAGGUCCGCAUGAUGUAAUAACAAUUGUUGUGGUUUCGAGACUUUUCUACAAUAAAGGAACCGACCUAUUAAUUGCAGCAAUUCCUCGAAUUCUUGCCAGCCAUCCCAAUGUGCAUUUUAUAAUUGCAGGAUCAGGCCCUAAAGCCAUUGAUCUGGAGCAGAUGCUGGAGAAGAAUGUGUUGCAAGAUAAAGUUGAGAUGCUUGGUCCGGUCAGACAUGAGGAAGUCCGGGAUGUUAUGGUUAGAGGGCACAUAUAUUUACAUCCAAGUUUGACUGAAGCUUUUGGAACUGUCAUAGUUGAAGCUGCUAGUUGUGGAUUAUAUGUCGUGUGCACACAAGUGGGAGGGAUACCAGAAGUGCUUCCAGCACACAUGACAGUUUUUGCCAAGCCUGAUGAAGAUGAUCUGGUUGCUGCCACGGGACGAGCAAUUGCGUCUUUAAGAGCCAACAAAGUUCGGACCGAAAAGUUUCACGAUCAAGUCAAAAUGAUGUAUUCCUGGACAGAUGUGGCAGAGAGAACAGAAAGGAUAUAUGAUGGCAUAUUCGGCGUUCUAAGUGAGGCAGAGUUCUAUGGAUAUGAUGCAGCCGACGCAGCCAGCUGGAGCGCUACUAGAGGAAGAGCCGGUGUACAGAGCUUCGCUUUGAUUGAUCGUCUCAAGAGAUACUAUGGUUGCGGAAUAUGGGCAGGGAAACUUUUUUGCCUUUGUGUGAUCAUCGAUUACCUGUUAUUUCUGCUACUCGAAGUUCUGGCACCGAGAGAUAGAAUCGACAUUUCUAGAAGCUGGCCAAAGAAGAUUCCUCAAGACUCUCCAAGGAGAGAUCGUGAAACUAGGAGGGAUUUUGGAUAG